CGAAAGAAGAGAAGGAAAAGGAAAAGAAAAAGGAAAGUAUUGUCGCAUUUGUCAAAUAUGAGGUGUUCUUUGAAUGUGAGAACUGUCUUAUUCCUGACGAUAGCAGCCGCGUACAUCGUCCAAGCACGCAAACCAGAAUGUAUGUGCGGAAAUUUAGGAUCAGGUAUUAAUCCGUGUAGAUGCGGGGAAGUAGUAGUAAAAGCAGCAAAAGUGCAAAAGCCACUGUUUUACGCAUCGCCAGAGGCAAUCAACCAAGCUGCAGCAGCACGCGAGAUUGGGAUGAGAAGAUUCUCUGCAGGACCAGUGUGUGGAAAUGUGGUAUCUUUUCCGAAAUAUAAUCGCUAUACUAGUGGCACAUAUAGCACUAGCACUAGCAGUGGCAGUAGUAGCGCAAGCAGCGGUAGCAUCAGCUCAAGUGCAUCUUCUGUCGGCAGUUUUGGGGAACCGUUUGGUGGAAGCAACGGUUUCCGCUAUUCCUUUUAUCCUUCUACUUCGAACAGAUUAAUCGAUUCCGGUUGUGGAUGCGGAAAGAAAUCGACCUCUGAAUCUCUAGAGACUCGUGAUCUUUUGUCCCAUAACAUCCAUGGGAAAGUUGUACCCAGCUUCUCGCCGAUCGGCGACUUGUGUUAUCCAAGCUCUCACAACGAAAAAUACCAAGUGACCACGAAAGUGACUCCAGCAUAUCCCGGCAAAAUUAAAUGCUCUCCUCCUAUACCUUAUGAAGUUUGCCUGAAAAUACUCAAUGGACAGAUCGACGAGGCUGGAUUAAGAAGACUCAGUCAAACAAUCACGCAUAGCGACAUGAGCGCAGCCGAUAGAUUUAGAGUACUCAAUGGAUUAACUAGCGGAAGCGCAUCUGGUACUUCAAGCAGCCUGGAUCAAUAUAUUUCCAAUAAUGUAAACAAUGUAGAUCGGUACAACAGUGUUAGAGGAUAUGAUAAUUCAGGUAGCUUUGAACGGUACAGCUCGAAAUAUGAUAAUUUAGUAGGAUUCGGUUCGUAUCAGGGUUCUAGUAUAGGUAGCUUGGGACAAUUGAGCUCAAACAACUUUGCAACAACACACGGAACGUACGGAAACAGUUUUGCAACAUCGAACAACGUUGCUUCAGCAUUGCUUCAAGGAUCGACCGGAAGCUAUAAAUCUAAUUGUGACGCUGCUGACUUUGGUGAUGAUCCCGAAUUGCCUGAAGAUUAUUCGUAUCCUCGAUUACCAGCGGAUCCGGUCUCGCUGACUCUGGCGUAUAAAAAUCUCUUUCCGCAAACUGUGAUGUACAAUAGGAGAACAUUCGUACCAGAAGAUAAAUUAGCAUUCGGCCAUAGGACGGUACCGAUUGAAUCACUACCUAGUAAAAAAAUAGUAGACGUACCUGAGGAGAAGCUUCAGAUUCUUGACAAGCCUGUCGUCGAACUGAAGCCGAUUUUGCCUACUCCAGUUGCGUUCGGCGUUUACAACGAACAGGAGGAAGCAAAGCUAGCGGAACUUGAAGCUAUUGAACGCGAAAGAAUAAAUCAGGAAGAAAUUGCCGAACAACCACAACAAAACUUUAUCACAUACGGGUAA